UUAGCACUGUUGCAAAUGCAUUAUGAGGAAAAUUCAUAGAAGAGUGCUUUGCUACCCAGUCACAACAUGAAUGCAAGCUUAUUGCUAGUAUAGAAAAGGAACAAGAUAAUUAUGCACAUCCGUUGCACUUUUUGCACCUUUUAAAAACUAUGAGCACAUUUGAAAUGCAGUGACUUUUGCUUUGCAAGGAGCUUAGAAGAUGUGAUGAGGAGGUGCACAGUCCCAGCGUUCUUCACCCAAUGAUUGUAACACAGUCGUUUUCUCCUUUUGGAUGGAAUUGACAUGUAUAGUUUUAUACAGGACUGAUUAGUCUUUAUAUAGGUGCCCCCUCCCCCCCAAGUUAUCUGGGUUGCAAAACAGUGGGAAAGCAGCAGCUGCUCAUCUUUGGCAGUAGAAGAUUAUGGUGGCGGCUCAGCACUAGCAAAAGCAGCAGUGGCGGCUGAAGCAGCAGCAGAGCAGGACUCAGCUUGAAUGCAUUUUUUACUGAAAAUCAUCAGCGUUGGAAAGUGCAGCCGGAAGACUUGGCAGCCAAGCAGGAAUUGACAGCAUUUGGAACGAAGAAAACAGGGAAAGACGAGCAACGUGAGGGUGGGGGUAGCACCAGAUUUUUUUGUAUGCUUCUGGGGAGGAGGGGUUGAUUAUCAUGGCGGAUCGGACAGCUCCUAGAUGCCGGCUUCGUCUGGAGUGGGUGUAUGGAUAUAGGGGUCACCAGUGCCGCAACAACCUGUACUACACAGCUGGCAAGGAAGUGGUUUACUUCGUGGCUGGAGUCGGGGUGGUGUAUAACACCAGAGAGCAUAGCCAGAAAUUUUUCCUGGGGCACAAUGAUGACAUUAUCAGCCUAGCCCUGCACCCGGAUAAAACCCUAGUUGCUACAGGGCAGGUUGGAAAGGACCCUUACAUUUGCAUCUGGGAUACCUACAAUGUACAGACUGUUUCUAUUUUGAAGGAUGCACAUACCCAUGGAGUUGCAUGUUUGGCUUUCGAUUCGGAUGGCCAGCGUUUAGCUUCAGUGGGACUAGAUGCCAAAAAUACAGUCUGCAUUUGGGACUGGAGGAAAGGAAAGCUACUGGCAUCAGCUACUGGCCACUCAGAUAGGAUUUUUGAUAUUUCCUGGGAUCCAUAUCAACCCAACAGAGUGGCUAGCUGUGGUGUGAAACAUAUCAAGUUUUGGACGCUGUGCGGAAAUGCCUUGACAGCCAAAAGAGGAAUAUUUGGCAAAACAGGAGACCUUCAAACCAUCCUUUGUCUGUCUUGUGCAAAAGAUGAUGUUACAUACUCUGGUGCUUUAAAUGGAGACAUCUAUGUCUGGAAAGGGCUUAUUUUAGUCCGCACAAUUCAAGGAGCUCAUGGUGCUGGAAUCUUUAGCAUGUAUUCAUGUGAAGAAGGUUUUGCCACUGGUGGUAGAGAUGGUUGCAUUCGUCUGUGGGACACUGAUUUCAAACCAAUAACUAAAAUUGAUCUCAGGGAUACUGAGCAAGGAUACAAAGGUUUGUCCAUCCGAAGCGUAUGUUGGAAAGCAGAUCGGCUUUUAGCAGGGACACAGGACAGUGAAAUAUUUGAGGUGAUCGUGAGAGAAAGAGAUAAGCCAAUGCUAAUAAUGCAAGGUCACUGUGAAGGAGAGCUCUGGGCUCUGGCGGUGCAUCCCAAGAAACCAUUAGUUGUUACUGGCAGUGAUGAUCGAUCUGUACGCUUAUGGAGCCUUGCUGACCAUGCCUUGAUUGCCCGUUGCAAUAUGGAGGAAGCUGUGCGGAGUGUCUCUUUCAGUCCUGAUGGAGCUCAGCUAGCAUUGGGAAUGAAAGAUGGCUCUUUCAUUGUUUUGAGAGUGAGAGAUAUGACAGAAGUAGUUCAUAUCAAAGACCGGAAGGAAGUAAUUCAUGAAAUGAAAUUUUCACCAGAUGGUUGCUACCUUGCUGUGGGGUCUAACGAUGGCCCAGUGGAUAUCUAUGCAGUUGCCCAGCGGUACAAGAAAACUGGAGAAUGCAGCAAGUCUUCUAGUUUUAUCACUCAUAUUGAUUGGUCCCUGGAUAGUAAAUUCUUACAAACUAAUGAUGGUGCAGGAGAACGCUUCUUCUACAGGAUGCCAUCGGGAAAGCAUUUAACAAGCAAAGAUGAGGUCAAAGGGCUUCUUUGGGCUUCAUGGACAUGUGUGAUGGGACCAGAUGUGAAUGGAAUUUGGCCAAAGUAUAGUAACACUAUUGACAUCAACUCAGUAGAUGGAAAUUAUAAUAAUGCUGUUCUGGUGACCGGAGAUGAUUUUGGAUUAGUUAAAUUGUUCAGAUUUCCUUGUCUUAAAAAAGGAGCUAAAUUCAGAAAAUAUGUUGGCCACUCUGCACAUGUUACUAAUGUUCGUUGGUCACAUGACUUUCAGUGGGUAAUAAGUACUGGAGGUGCAGAUCAUUCUGUGUUUCAAUGGCGGUUUAUUCCAGAAGGUGUGACAAAUGGGAUCCUUGAAACAAUACCUCAAGAAAGUGGCAUAGAUUCACACAGUGAAGAAUCCGAUUCAGAUUUAUCUGAUGUGCCAGAAUUAGACUCAGAUAUUGAGCAAGAAGCUCAAAUCAACUACAUUCGACAGGUUUACAAAGAAGAUCUACCUCAGCUGAAACAGCAAAGUAAAGAGAAAAACCAUUCAGUGCCAUUCCUUAAAAGAGAGAGAGCCCCUGAGGACAGUUUAAAGCUGCAAUUUAUACAUGGUUACAGAGGCUAUGACUGUCGGAACAACUUGUUCUACACACAGACAGGGGAGGUUGUUUACCAUAUUGCUGCUGUUGCUGUUGUGUACAGUAGACAACAACACACUCAAAGACUGUAUCUUGGUCAUGAUGAUGAUAUCCUCAGCCUGGCUAUCCAUCCUGUAAAAGAUUUUGUUGCUACCGGACAGGUUGGGAGAGAUGCUGCUAUUCACGUUUGGGAUACACAAACGCUCAAAUGUUUAUCACUGCUGAAAGGCCAACACCAAAGAGGAGUGUGUGCCCUUGAUUUUUCAGCUGAUGGGAAGUGUUUGGCAUCAGUUGGGUUAGAUGAUAAUCAUACCAUUGUACUUUGGGAUUGGAAGAAAGGAGAAAAGAUGGCAGCAGCCAGGGGUCACAAAGACAAGAUAUUUGUAGUGAAAUGCAAUCCUCAUCAUCCUGAUAAACUGGUGACUGUUGGAUUGAAGCACCUCAAGUUUUGGCAGCAAGCAGGUGGUGGCUUUACUUCCAAACGUGGCAUCUAUGGAAAUAUUGGGAAACAGGAGACCAUGAUGAGUGUUUCCUAUGGACGAAUAGAAGACCUGGUUUUCUCUGGAUCUGCAACAGGAGAUAUUUAUAUAUGGAAAGAUAUAUUGCUGCUCAAGACAGUAAAAGCUCAUGAUGGACCUGUAUUUGCUAUGCAUGCCUUAGAUAAGGGCUUUGUGACUGGUGGGAAAGAUGGUAUAGUGGCACUUUGGGAUGAUACUUUUGAGAGGUGCUUGAAGACGUAUGCCAUUAAAAGAGCAGCAUUAUCACCUGGCUCUAAAGGGUUGCUGUUGGAAGACAAUCCAUCCAUCCGUGCCAUCACGUUAGGACAUGGACAUAUACUAGUGGGAACAAAAAAUGGAGAGAUUCUUGAAAUUGAUAAAAGUGGACCCAUGACACUACUUGUGCAGGGACACAUGGAAGGUGAAGUUUGGGGUCUAGCAGCUCACCCUCUGUUGCCCAUCUGUGCAACAGUAAGUGAUGAUAAAACUCUGAGGAUCUGGGAACUGUCCUCUCAGCACCGCAUGUUGGCUGUAAGAAAACUUAAGAAAGGUGGACGAUGCUGUGCCUUCUCCCCUGAUGGGAAAGCCUUGGCUGUAGGAUUGAAUGAUGGGAGUUUCUUGGUAGUGAAUGCUGAUACUGUGGAAGAUAUGCUUUCCUUCCACCACAGAAAGGAAACGAUCUCUGACAUCAAAUUUUCUCGAGAUUCAGGCAAAUAUCUGGGAGUGGCUUCCCAUGAUAAUUUUGUAGAUAUCUACAACAUGCUUACCAGCAAAAGAGUUGGCAUCUGCAAAGGGGCAUCCAGCUAUAUCACACACAUUGACUGGGACUCAAGAGGGAAGCUAUUGCAAGUCAAUUCUGGUGCCAAAGAACAAUUCUUUUUUGAAGCGCCAAGAGGAAAGAGGCAUAUAAUAAGACCCACUGAGAUUGAGAAGAUUGAGUGGGACACCUGGACAUGUGUUCUUGGUCCUACCUGUGAAGGAAUUUGGCCAAUGCACAGUGAUGUGACUGUUAUCAAUGCAGCUUCACUCACCAAAGAUAGCACUCUUUUAGCUACAGGGGAUGACUUUGGGUUUGUAAAGCUCUUCAGAUAUCCUGUAAAGGGUCAGCAUGCCAAGUUCAAGAAGUAUGUGGGUCAUAGUGCUCAUGUUACCAAUGUCCGGUGGUUAUAUAAUGACUCUGUGCUGCUGACAGUGGGUGGAGCUGACACCGCUCUCAUGAUCUGGACUAGAGAAUUUGUGGGAACCCAAGAAAGCAAGCUAGUUGACAGCGAGGAAUCAGAUACCGACGCAGAAGAAGAUGGAGGUUAUGACAGUGACGUUGCACGAGAAAAAGCUAUUGACUACACCACGAAGAUCUAUGCAGUGAGCAUCCGAGAGAUGGAGGGUACCAAGCCACAUCAGCAGCUAAAGGAGAUUUCAAUGGAAGAAAGGCCACCAGUUAGCAGAGCUGCUCCUCAACCUGAGAAAUUGCAAAAGAAUAACGUCAACAAAAAAAGGAAGCUGGUUGAGGAGCUGGCUUUAGAUCAUGUUUUUGGAUACCGUGGAUUUGAUUGUCGCAACAACCUUCAUUACCUCAAUGAUGGUGCUGAUAUUAUUUUCCAUACUGCUGCAGCAUGCAUAGUUCAAAAUCUUUCUACAGGAAGUCAGACGUUCUACCUGGAACAUACAGAUGACAUCCUCUGCCUAACUGUAAACCAGCACCCAAAGUAUAAAAACAUUGUGGCAACCAGCCAGAUUGGUACAACACCUUCUAUCCACAUAUGGGAUGCUAUGACUAAGCAAACUUUGUCUAUGCUGCGCUGCUUCCAUUCCAAAGGGGUGAACUAUGUCAACUUCAGUGCUACUGGCAAGCUUCUGGUGUCCGUAGGAGUUGAUCCCGAACACACGAUCACAGUGUGGAGGUGGCAGGAAGGUGCUAAAAUUGCAUGCAGAGGAGGCCACCUAGAGAGGAUCUUUGUGGUAGAGUUUCGCCCAGAUUCGGAUACCCAAUUCGUAUCUGUUGGAGUAAAACACAUGAAAUUCUGGACUCUGGCUGGGAGCGCUUUGCUUUAUAAAAAGGGAGUCAUUGGUUCAUUGGAAGAUGCCAAAAUGCAAACCAUGCUUUCUGUGGCCUUUGGAGCUAAUAAUCUUACUUUCACUGGUGCCAUCAAUGGAGACGUUUAUGUCUGGAAGGAUCACUUUCUAAUUAGACUGGUGGCAAAAGCUCACACUGGUCCAGUCUUUACAAUGUACACAACUCUUCGUGACGGACUCAUUGUCACUGGAGGGAAGGAGAGACCCACAAAAGAAGGUGGUGCUGUGAAACUGUGGGAUCAGGAGAUGAAGCGCUGCCGAGCAUUUCAGCUUGAGACAGGGCAGAUUGUGGAGUGUGUGCGUUCAGUGUGCCGGGGGAAAGGAAAAAUAUUAGUGGGGACCAAAGAUGGGGAAAUCCUCGAAGUUGGAGAAAAAAAUGGUGCUUCCAACCUGCUGAUCGACAGCCACAUGGAAGGAGAGAUUUGGGGCUUGGCUACUCAUCCUUCCAAAGACAUCUUUAUCUCAGCUAGUAAUGAUGGAACUGCAAGAAUCUGGGACCUUUGUGACAAAAAACUUCUGAAUAAAGUGAAUCUGGGUCAUGCUGCCAGGUGUGCUGCAUACAGUCCAGAUGGUGAGAUGGUUGCCAUUGGCAUGAAGAAUGGAGAAUUCAUCAUUUUGCUUGUGAACAGCCUUAAAGUUUGGGGCAAAAAAAGAGACAGGAAAUCUGCUAUCCAGGACAUCAGAAUCAGCCCUGACAACCGAUUUUUGGCAGUGGGUUCACAGGAACAUACUGUUGAUUUUUAUGACCUCACCCAAGGCACGACUUUGAACCGGAUUGGCUACUGUAAGGACAUUCCGAGCUUUGUCAUUCAGAUGGAUUUUUCAGCAGACAGCAAAUACAUUCAGGUUUCAACUGGUGCCUAUAAACGGCAAGUCCAUGAGGUGCCACUAGGAAAGCAAGUGACAGACAUGGCACUCAUAGGAAAGAUCACCUGGGCCACUUGGACAAGCAUCCUUGGUGAUGAAGUCAUCGGCAUUUGGCCCCGAAAUGCAGAUAAAGCAGAUGUCAACUGUGCCUGUGUGACCCAUGCUGGCUUAAACAUUGUGUCUGGAGAUGACUUUGGACUAGUCAAACUCUUUGACUUCCCAUGCACUGAAAAAUUUGCCAAACACAAGCGUUACUUUGGCCAUUCGGCACAUGUCACCAACAUACGCUUCUCCCACGAUGACAAGUACGUUAUCAGCACAGGAGGGGACGAUUGCAGUGUGUUUGUUUGGCGAUGUCUUUGAAGAUGAGUUCUCUCAAGUGUUGCCCUUGCUCACCACCAUGUGAGUGCCAAACACUGGACUUUCAGAAAUGCCUCCAAGACCUCAGCAGCUGUGUUACAAACACUGCAUUGAUUUACUCGUUUGUGAAAGCUCCAUGCAGUUGGCAGCUGUUGGAAAAGCAAAAAGUCAGUGAUUAGCUUAAACAAUGUUUGGUUCAGUUUGCAUGAAGCCUUUCUUCUAAAUUAAGUAGUAGCCUAUUGUGGAAAUGAAAGCCAAACCACUUUAACUUUGAGAAUGAUGAAAAUAAUGUAUGUUUCAUAUGACUUACUCAAGUACAUAAAAACUUUAAAAUUAGCCAUUUCAAAGCGUUAUUGGCAAGUGAUCCAUCAGAGUAUGGAAAGCUUAGGGCCUUGAUUGGCUUUCUAAUAUAAGUUAUCAUUUCCUUCAAUAUUUAGAGUUUUAAAAUGAUUCCAUUUUGCCAAUUUUCUGAGAAGUGCCUUGUGAAAGCUUUUCCAAGCAGUGCAGGAUUUAACAUGGUCUCUUGCCCAUGUCUGCUUUCCGCUAACGGUGCUACAACUGAGGAGGGCUGACAAAAUCAUUUCCCCCUCUUGAUGUAUACAUUCACUCAUUCCCUUUUGUUUGUCUGGAUCAUUUAACUGAAUUCUCUCUGCUUUUUUUACCAUCAAAAGAAGCAGGCCAGGUGGGAGGGGCAGAUUGAGAAACCAUUACCUGUCAGCUUGGGGCUAUUCCGUAACACGGGAAAGGAUGGCUCCAAGAGGAGGUAGGAUGGAAGGUGAAGAACCUGCACAUGUAUUAUUCUCACCAUCUUUCCUGCCUCUCCCAUUUGCAAAACAUUCUCCUUCUGCAUUUCCUCACUGGGGCCAGUUCAGCAGUGACAACAUGCCCUGAACUUCUUCAAGGAAAAAGCAGCCUUCCUCUAGCUUAACUUCAGGAGCUGUUUCAGAAACAUUUGCUUCCCUUUCUGAGUUUAGCAGCAGAAAACCUGGCAGCCAUUCAAAGCUCUUUGGUGGCAGGGGACCUCAAAACUGUGGAAACGUGUUCAUUAUCAAAGAGAACCUAAUAGGAGUAGUGCCGAAACAGCUUGUCAGUGGCUACCAGCCGUGGUGACUGUGCAUCACCUCCACUGUCAGAGGCAGGGUGCCUGUUCAUGCCAGUUGCCUGGAGAAAGUGGCUAGGAGAGUGCUGUUGGGCGCCUGUCCUGCUUGUGGCAUCCCAUAAGCAUCCAGGUGGCCAUUGUGGAACAGAAUGCUGAAUGAGAUAGGUCUUGCUUUGAUCCCGCAGGACUUUUCUUGUGUUGUAGAUGGGCCUAGGUCCAGUUCUUGUGGCUCUAGACACCUUAGAAAACACCUGUUUCCCAUGUGCCACGGCACUGGAGGGCCUCUGUUGAAGACUGGCUGAGAGCCAAAUUGACCUCACGGGUUAGAUGACCAGAGAAGGGGAGCCUGGCCACUUCAGAAGCAAGAAUUACCAGCAGCUGCCACCACAUCCUUCACUGCAAGCAAUACUCUGCAACAGAUAGCUCCCCACAUAAGCGUGAUGGGGAGCAGGGUUCAAAGUGCAAAUGAUAUAUUUGUUCCAGGAAUAGCUUUACCUGCUGAAGAACACAAGGGUAAGCAGCUCAGUCUGGGUCCAGGCAAAAGACUUCCCCAGAAUCAAGAGAGGAGGCUUCCCCAGAAUCAACAGAAAAGGAAAUCAGUGUAGAACUGUGCAAAAGAGCUUCAGUGAACUCGAGGGACCACCAUUUGUUGAGGGCGAUUUAAUCAGUGGAAUAUAUUGAUGCCUUACACGCCUCUAGAAUUUCAGACACACGUCCCUAUGCAGUCUUACUCCCAUAUUAUUCGUAAGGGUGGUUUUCUGUAUUAGGUAAUGUAACCAUAUCAAGCUGGUAAUGUCAGGUGGUCACCUUGUAUGCCUAUGUUGUAAUGUUGGCCUUUCAUAUUGAUUGUAUCUUGACUUGUAUCUUAAACAGAAUGAUUUGCUAUAUAGUGGAAUUGUGCAAAAAUAUUUAAGAGCAAUAGUGUGUGUGUGCGAGGAAGAGAUUUGUAUUUGUAUGGUUUGAUUUUAGGUACAUUAUAUUGAGACCUGAUGUUGUAUUAUAAUGUAAAUUAAAGUGAUACUGCAUGAGUUUAUUUUUCAAAUGAUUCAGUAAAAGAUUUAUGAUUUGAAAGCAA